AUGUCUUGGGGGGAAGAAAGAGCGUGGGGUUCCGGGGAGGGGAAGGCGACGUCAGGGAAUUGGGUGGGUGGGGGGGGCAGCACUCACUCUGCGCCCCCGUUGCCCUCCCCUGCUCAGUGCGACCCAGGCCAGGCCACCAAGUACCUGUACGAACUGCUCUACAACGACCCCAUCAAGAUCAUCCUGCUCCCCGGCUGCAGCUCCGUGUCCACCCUGGUGGCCGAGGCGGCCAGGAUGUGGAACCUCAUUGUGCUGUCCUACGGCUCCAGCUCUCCGGCCCUGUCUAACCGCCAGCGUUUCCCCACCUUCUUCCGCACACACCCGUCGGCCACGCUGCACAACCCCACCCGGGUGAAACUCUUCGACAAGUGGGGCUGGAAAAAGAUAGCCACCAUCCAGCAGACCACUGAGGUCUUCACCUCUACGCUGGACGACCUGGAGGAGCGAGUCAAGGAGGCCGGGAUCGAAAUCACCUUCCGGCAAAGCUUCUUCUCGGACCCAACUGUCCCCGUGAAGAACCUGAAGCGCCAGGAUGCCCGCAUCAUCGUGGGACUCUUCUAUGAGACAGAAGCCCGGAAGGUUUUCUGUGAGGUGUACAAGGAGCGUCUCUUUGGCAAGAAGUACGUGUGGUUCCUCAUCGGCUGGUACGCCGACAACUGGUUCAAGACCAAGGACCCGGCCAUCAACUGCACCGUGGAGGAGAUGACGGAGGCCGUGGAGGGCCACGUCACCACCGAGAUCGUCAUGCUCAACCCCGAGAACACGCGCAGCAUCUCCAACAUGACGUCACAGGAAUUUGUUGAGAAGCUGACCCGGAGGCUGGGCAAGAACCCCGAGGAGACCGGCGGCUUCCAGGAGGCCCCGCUCGCCUACGACGCCAUCUGGGCCCUGGCGCUGGCCCUGAACAAGACUUCGGGAGGGGGCGGGGGCCGCUGGGGCGGUGGGGUGCGGCUCGAGGACUUCAACUACAACAACCAGACCAUCACGGAUCAGAUCUACAGGGCGAUGAACUCCUCCUCCUUCGAGGGCGUCUCCGGCCACGUGGUGUUCGAUGCCAGCGGCUCCCGGAUGGCCUGGACUCUCAUUGAACAGCUGCAGGGUGGAAGCUACAAGAAGAUCGGCUACUACGACAGCACCAAAGACAACCUCUCCUGGUACAACACGGACAAGUGGAUAGGAGGGCCCCCUCCGGCCGACCAGACCCUGGUCAUUGAGACGUUCCGAUUCCUGUCCCAGAAGCUCUUUAUCUCGGUCUCGGUGCUGUCCAGCUUGGGUAUCGUGCUGGCCGUCGUCUGUCUGUCCUUCAACAUCUAUAAUUCACACGUCCGGUACAUUCAGAACUCGCAGCCGAACCUGAACAACCUGACCGCCGUGGGCUGCUCCCUGGCUCUGGCCGCCGUCUUCCCGCUCGGACUGGACGGCUACCACAUUGGGCACGGGCAGUUCCCCUUCGUCUGCCAGGCCCGGCUCUGGCUCCUGGGCCUCGGCUUCAGCUUGGGCUACGGCUCCAUGUUCACCAAGAUCUGGUGGGUCCACACGGUGUUCACCAAGAAGGAGGAGAAAAAGGAGCGGAGAAAGACCCUGGAACCCUGGAAGCUGUAUGCCACGGUGGGGCUGCUGGUGGGAUUGGACGUGCUCACCCUGGCCAUAUGGCAGAUCGUGGACCCGCUGCAUCGCACCAUCGAGUCCUUCACCAAGGAGGAGCCCAAGCAAGACAUUGACAUCUCCAUCCUGCCCCAGCUUGAGCACUGCAGUUCUAAGAAGAUGAAUACAUGGCUCGGAAUCUUCUAUGGAUAUAAGGGGCUGCUGCUGCUGCUAGGGAUCUUUCUCGCCUACGAGACCAAGAGCGUGUCCACCGAGAAGAUCAACGACCACCGGGCCGUGGGCAUGGCCAUCUACAAUGUGGCGGUACUGUGCCUUAUCACAGCGCCCGUCACCAUGAUCCUGUCCAGCCAACAAGACGCCGCCUUUGCUUUUGCCUCUCUUGCUGUCGUCUUCUCCUCCUACAUCACGCUCGUUGUGCUCUUUGUGCCGAAGAUGCGGAGGCUGAUCACCCGGGGUGAGUGGCAGUCUGAGGCCCAGGACACCAUGAAGACCGGCUCCUCCACCAACAACAAUGAGGAGGAGAAGGCCCGCCUGCUGGACAAGGAGAACCGGGAGCUGGAGAGAAUCAUCGCUGAGAAGGAGGAGCGCGUCUCUGAGCUCCGCCACCAGCUCCAGGCGCGGCAGCAGAUCCGCUCGCGCCGUCACCCCUCGACCCCGCCAGAUCCCUCGGGACCCCCCCGGGGCACAGAGCCCCCCGACCGGCUCAGCUGUGAUGGGAGCCGGGUGCACCUGCUCUAUAAGUGAGAGGGUUGGGGUCUGGGAGAGUGGCUGUGGGGGGAGGGAAGGGAGGCCAAGAUGGGGGGGGGUCCUCCCUAGAGGAGGGUGAGGAGGGGGUCCCUUACCCUGUCACCUGUAAAUAUUGUCUGCGUCCGUCCGUCUGUCCGCAAGGAACUGGGGCGCCCAGCCCUCUGAGCCCCAGACCCCUCCUCUGAAACACCUGUGGCACCCCCUGCCUCCCCGCCGCCCCCUUUUAGACCGAGCCAGGCUCACACGCCUCUGAGUGGUGGGCCUGCCCCAUCUCUUCACCCCACCCCAUGCCUCCCGACCCCUCUGUCCCAUCCCCACUCUCCUCAUGAGUACCAACAUGCCACUGACCUCGCCGGCCCUUCCCGACCGCAUGUAUGUGCUCAUCCUCUCUGUGUUCACGUCCCCAGCUUUUCCCCUCUAACCCGGACUCUCACCCACGUGUUCUUACUUUUUCAGUUGUCCUGUCCCCUCUCCCCGACCUCCCUACCCAGCACACACACUCACUCUCCCCCCCCAAGCUUAUGCUGUCCUUGCCCACUCACUCUUCCUGCUCACAAUCCCCCCUUUCCCACACGUUUCCUAUCCAGGCACUUUGUUUCUGCACCUACUCAUGCACUUUCUCCCCGCACAUGCUCACGCCAGCACCCUGCAUCUAUCUCCCCACCCCAACUCGAGCACUUUCUCCAGGUCCCUGCUUUCUGUCCACUCGCUUUCUCCUGUACACGCUUGCCCCCUUUUCCUCCCUAUUCUUCCCGCACGUGCUCACCUUUUUCUCCUCCCCUCUCUUCUUGCACAUGCUCGUGCACUUUCUCCCUUCCCGUGCUCAUACGCGAUCCCCACCAUCUCGAUUCUCCCUUCACGCCAGAUGUCCUCUUUACGCUGACGUCCGCUGACCACUCUCGCACAGCCACCUCCUCCUCCUCCUCGCCCUGCCUCUCUCCGCAGCAGGGCCCAUGUUCAGGGUGGGAGGAAGGGCCGGGUCCUGCCCCUGGGGUGGUCCCCGAGGGAGGGAGGGAAGGAGGGAGGUAGGGAUGAAGGGAAGAGUGCUCCCAAAAGCUGGGACGGACGGACGGAUGGACGGAGGGGCAGGAGAGUCCCCUUCACGCUGUGGCAUCUCCUGGGGUGGUAGCUCUCCCCUGACCCUCAAUAAAACAGUAAUCAGUGUGA